AUUUUUCUACAGAUCAUCCCGGUCAAGGACUGUCUAACACGAACGAUGCAACUUGGGCGGUUCCUGCACUUCCUUUGAAAUGUUCAUUCACCUGUACAAGUAACAACUCUUGUGUGAGGCGUAAGUUCGUACUAAAAGCGUGUCGGCCUAAUUUGUCUCAACACAUCAGAUAUUCAGAUAUCUUUUUGCAUGUAUCAGAUGUAUGUAUUUUAAGAAACAAUAGUUCACAAUUAAUAACAUAGAGGUCAGCGAAUGAACUUGCGUUUUUGCUAAGAACGUAUCUAACCUUAAAUUUAGUUUCCGUCAAUUUCUUCAUUCAUUGAAUGAAGUACAUUUAACAUUUGGAAAAAUUUAACAAAUAUAAAAAUGCCUGAUCAUUUGGGAGAAGAUAUGCGAAAAGUAAAAAAUGAGGAGGGAAAGGAAGAGAAAGAAAUAAAAUGGACAAGGACAAUAUACAAAAAGUAUUAAAGCUGUUGAAGAAGAUAUACAAACAAUAAUUAAACGUGUUAAUGAAUUGACUGGAAUCAAAGAAUCUGAUACAGGUCUUGCACCGCCUGCCUUGUGGGAUUUAGCUGCAGAUAAACAAACUUUACAAAAUGAACAACCGUUACAAGUUGCACGGUGCACUAAAAUAAUCAAUGCGAAUUCUGAUGAUCCUAAAUAUAUUAUAAAUGUAAAACAAUUUGCAAAGUUUGUAGUUGAUUUAGCAGAUUCCGUUGCUCCUACUGACAUUGAGGAAGGAAUGAGAGUAGGAGUAGAUCGUAACAAAUAUCAAAUUCAUAUUCCACUUCCACCAAAAAUUGAUCCAACUGUAACAAUGAUGCAAGUCGAAGAGAAACCUGAUGUCACAUAUAGUGAUGUUGGUGGUUGUAAAGAACAAAUUGAAAAAUUGAGAGAAGUAGUUGAGACACCUUUAUUACAUCCAGAAAAAUUUGUCAAUCUGGGAAUUGAACCACCUAAGGGAGUUUUAUUAUUUGGUCCACCAGGUACAGGCAAAACUUUAUGUGCUAGAGCUGUAGCUAAUAGAACUGAUGCUUGUUUCAUUCGUGUUAUUGGUUCUGAAUUGGUUCAAAAAUAUGUUGGUGAGGGUGCUCGUAUGGUAAGAGAAUUGUUUGAAAUGGCACGUAGUAAAAAAGCAUGUUUAAUAUUUUUCGAUGAAAUUGAUGCAAUUGGUGGAGCUCGAUUUGAUGAUGGAGCUGGCGGUGAUAAUGAAGUACAACGUACUAUGCUUGAAUUAAUUAAUCAAUUAGAUGGCUUUGAUCCACGAGGUAACAUUAAAGUAUUAAUGGCAACAAAUAGACCAGAUACAUUAGAUCCAGCAUUGAUGCGACCAGGACGUUUAGAUAGAAAAGUAGAAUUCGGAUUACCAGAUUUAGAAGGACGAACACAUAUUUUUAAAAUUCAUGCACGUUCAAUGAGUGUUGAAAGAGAUAUUAGAUUUGAACUUCUCGCGCGUUUAUGUCCUAACAGUACUGGAGCUGAAAUUCGAUCUGUUUGUACAGAAGCUGGUAUGUUUGCGAUUCGUGCACGUCGUAAAGUGGCUACUGAAAAAGACUUUUUAGAAGCUGUAAACAAAGUGAUUAAAUCUUAUGCUAAAUUCUCUGCAACUCCCAAAUAUAUGACUUAUAAUUAAUUUUAUGAUAUACAUUAUUCUUGUUUGUUCUGAGCUAUAUGAAUAUUACAAUAUUGCUAAUUAUAAUAUCUAAAUUAAUUUUCAAUUAUAAAGUAAACAAUAAAUUGCAAUUUAUUUUUUACUUAAUCAUAUUUUCUUUGCUUUCUUAUUUGAAAUAAUAUCCCGCUUAUAUCAUAUUAUUCUUUCCAAAUCAAGUAGAAUUAGUUUUUGAGAUUUCAUGAAACUUGAAUUUUAACGGGGCAUUUGGUUUAUUAAUUAACAAAGACUUCAUUCCAAGUUCACCUCCAUACCAAGAAAUUUUAAGCCGUUGACAUAUCUGCACAAUGUAAGAAGAUUAUAUCAUUUUAAUAUAAAAUAAUUACAUAUACUUCAAUUGUAUCAAAAGAAGAGUUAAAGAAAAUUUAAGGGAAAUGGCUUUUGAGAAAUGGAUUCUUCAAAACGUUUUAGUUUAUCAACACACAAAAAAAAUAUCAGUAACAAAAAAUUUAUAACUAAGUAAUAUAGAGUUGUAUGGUAAAAUUUCAAAAUUGUCAAAAAUAUUAUAUGAUAUUAUGUAAUAAAUACUUUUUAUUAAAACUCACUGGAAUCUUUU